AUGAAAGAAGUAUUACUUCAUAAAGGAGAAUUUUUGGGAGCCGAUUUGAGAGCAAUGUUUAAUAAUCCGGUGUAUAGCGAUAUCAUAAUAACAUGCAAAGAUGGAGGAGUGGUGUACGGUAGUAAAUUAUUACUGGCGGCAAGAUCGGAUAUAUUCGCUCGUUUAUUAAUAAAGGAUAUCAACAACAAGGAGAAUGAUAAAGAGAAUAAUAACAACAGUAGCAGUUUAAGUUUGAAUAAACUCAAUUUUGAUAAUAGUGAGAAUAACCUAACAUUUACGGAAUUUAAUUCAGAAAUAUUAUUAAUAAUAUUAGAAUAUUUAUAUAUGGGGAACAUAACGAUGGAAUCAUUAACAUUAACAAAUGUGGUAGAAGCGUAUUUAGGAGCGGAAUAUUUUUUAUUACCAGGAUUGGAAGAAAUCAUCAUAACAUUUUUAGAUAACGCAUUAAAAUGUAGCGCGGAUAAUAAUCUAUCGGCGAAGAUCUUAACCCAUGCAUCGGAAUUUAUGUUACCAUCAUCUGAUGAUACGCUCUUUCGCACAUUACAUAAUUGUCUAGUGAUAACCCCGUUAGAAUCCAUUGAUUAUGAUAAUUUGACGACCGAAGGUUUAACAUUUAUUUUAUCACCUCUUAAUAUUAAUACGAGCUAUGAAGAAUUCGUUACGUCGGAAUAUGGAGUAUUUCGUUAUAUAACAUUAUGGUCUGCGUAUCAUUGUGAUGAGAAUAAUGAUUCGAUUUUGUCAUACUUUGAACCAUUAUUACCGUCAUCAGAUCACGCCGAACAUUUGGACGCGGGGGAAUUAGAACAAUUAAGAAAAUUACACGAAAAGAAUUCAAAAAAAUCGAAAUCAAAGGAAAUUAAAUCAUCAAUCACGACAACAUUAAAUGCAUUAUUACCUAGCGUGGAUUUUAAACUGAUUCACCCUUCAAUAUUAGCCAACAUAAUUGAACCCUUGGAUAUCGUGCCGAAUGAUAUGUUGAUUGACGCUUUUAGGUAUCAAGCGCAAUUACCCGCAGGUUCAGGUCCAAAGCGUAAUCGUGGUACUAUAACGGCCAAACCGGAAAAUUUGAGAUUACAAUGGAGUCAACAAGCUUGUGGUAAACAAUGUAUGCUAUUGGAAAAUGACAUUUUAUUAAAAUCAUCCUCAAAAAAAUAUGAAUGGGCCAGAACCACUUUACCCAUUCGUGCAAUUAGCCUGGAUAGUCUGAAUAGUCUAAAUACCCCUAAUAAUACCCCAAAUCUUACCCCCAAUAAUCAAAAUACUCCAAACACUUCAAAUACUCCAAUUAUUUCUACCUCCGAUUCAACGUCACAAAUUUCUGCCGAAUAA